AUGGAGCAACAAUCAAGAAUUCAAAAGAUUAUUGCAAAAACAAAUUGUUCAUACAAUCAUGCUUUAGAAGCAGAUAAUGAAUCAAAGGGUAAUUUAGACCUUGCUUAUGAAAUAGCAAAGAAAAAGUCUAAUGAAUUAUACGUAGGAGGCGGCAGUAGUGGGUUGGCUGUUGAAUCUGGUGAUAUAAAAAAUGAAAUUGUAGGCUACAAAAAUGGUUUACUUGUUAACAAUAAAUUUUAUGAUUAUUCUGAAAAUGACAAUAUGAGGCUGAAAAAGAUGCUUGAAAAAAACGAAUUUGAUGCAAAUAUUUUGGGCGUAAAUGAUUCUAGAGCAGAAGUUGUAUAUAAAAAUUGUGAGGAUGAAAUGUACCAAAACAAAGAAAAAAAAAAGGAAAAAACUUGGGAUGAAUCAAAAAAACAUGUGCUUAAUUUUGAUUCAAAAAUUGAAAUAUCUUGUCCUGACGAAAUAAUAAUGGAUAAAGAUGGUGAUAUAACAUUUAAAAUAUUUGUAGAUGGAAGAAGAAUACCGGUUGUUAUGAAUAAUAACAUGAAGGUAUCUGAUUUGUACUAUGAGUUAAAAAAAUAUACAAAAAAAAAUAUUGUAUUAAUGAAAGGAAACAAAAAGGUUGAAUUCUCUGAUGACAUUACCUCCCUUAAAAGAAAUAUGUUAAUUAUGCGCGAAGAAAAAUAA